AUGACAGCAGCGUCAAACACGUCCCCACGUGCACAACGCGCUGCUCGACGAGGGGAGGCAGCGCACCUGCAGGAGCGGCACCAAGAGGAGCAGACGGGACAGGAGGGUUUGGCGGCGUUGGAGGAGGCGGCGGCUGAUGCAGUUGAGGCCGGGGCAGAGGAAACUGAUUUACGGGGGGAUGUCGCUGCUGCGGGGUCAGGUUUGACGCGGCGGGGGGAGCAGGGUGCUGCGGCAGAGGCGGAUCCGACGGGGACGGGGCGGGAGGCGCACUCGCCUGCUGCUGUGCCUGCAGCCGCCUCUGACGACGACUCAACCUCGCCCGCUGCGGGGCCGACGGCGCCACCAGCGGACGAGGUUGUGGCUGCGGAGGAGGCGCAUGUGGAGCAUGGGUCGGCUGACUCACCGGCGCCAUUGGUGGCGGUGUCCCCAUCACCUCUCGGGGAGGUGGAGAUUGCGGCGGUCGCAGCUGAGGCAGCGAGGCAACCAGAACAACCCCGAACGAACCUUUACUCCCCAAAACCGCCGUCUGCUCCGCUGGCUGCAUUGCCCCGAUCUGCACCUCCUGCUGCACCAGAGUCACGUGAAGCUGGUCUAGCACGUACGACAAGAGCGUCAAGCAAGUCCCCACGUGCAUCACGCGCUGCUCGACGAGAGUUGGAGGCUGACCAGGAACCACGGCUUGAGGGGGCGGCGGGGCAGGAGGCGUUACUGGAACCCAUGGGUGCUGCACAGGGGGGCCUUGGAAUGAGUACUGAUGGAAUGACGAGGGGCCCGACACAGACUGAGGGACCUGAGCGGGCGGAGGAGGGGACGGAGGAACAUGGUACACCGAGGAGCAAUGCUGCUGCGGAUGGAGGGGCAAAGGAAACCGACGGAGCGGAGAUUGAGCUGGAGGCGGCUGCGCCGCCCGCGGUGGCGGCUGGUGAGGAGUCUGGAGUCGCGGCUGCUGGAGUGCCUGCGGUCCUGGUGUCUGCUGGCGCCUCUGCCGCUGCCUUUGACGCCGGCUCAGUUUCGCCCUCUGCCACCCCGCAGGCUGCACAGGCGGAGGCUGAGGGGACGAGGCUGGGCGCGAUUCCGGAACAGACUGCGGAGGCGGCGCUAUCCCCGUCACCGGCGCCGGUGACGCCGGCCGUGCUGGCGGCGGCGGUGUCUGCUGCGACUGGGGUGCGAGGCGACGCCCCAACGGCGGAAGGCGCGACGACUGCCGCUGCGAACGUCGGAAUGCCUGCUGCUGCCGCGGCCUCAAGGAGGCAGGAGCACGUCCAGGCUGAGGGAGAGACUCCGAGGCCCCCGAACGGCGCCGCCUCCGGCGCUGCACGAGUGAUGUCGACGAGGAAGCCGCGGGCCCAGCCAGCGCCGAGACGGCUCGGAGCAGGGCUGGGACCUGGCUCCCCGGGACCCCUCCUGGGCUGGCUUCUGCAAGGGCAACUGCCAUCAGAGCGAGUGCAUCGAUCGUCAUCUGCGCACACGCAAGAGGCACGGGGGGUUUCUGGGCUCAAUGAGGCGACAAUAGAGGCAACAGCAACCCGUGUGGCAGAGCAGCCGGCGCCAAACCAGGACAGCGGAGCACACACGCACUCACCGUCAAGCCCAGUAGCUCCAACUGCGGCGGCCGUCGCCACUCGUCGCUCAGCUCGUUUGGGUGCUGUCACGUGGGGCCCACCAAGGGGAGGCAGAACGCCAUGGAUGCCGGCGGGGAGAGCGGGACUAGCGGCGACGCCUCAGCCAGCACUGGCGGCGAACCGGGGUUUCCGCGGUAUGGAUCGCGGGAGGCGAGGGGGAAGGCGCGGGGGUGUUGCUCGCUUGGGGGGAGCGGAGAUCCAGGCACGAACAGGCCCUUGGCGGGAACGCCACGACCGCCCAGAGGUUUUGGAAGCCCCAGCCAAUGGGGUCGACGCUGAGCCUGCUGAGGACAUGGGGGACCCUGAGUUUAUGUGUGGAGAGGAGGCGGGCCCGGAGUCCGAAGAGGUGUCUCUGGUUAACGAGGAGGAUUUGGGAAGAGGCCGGAAUCGAGUGCGAGGGACGGGAGAGGGAGUGGCCAGGGCGACAUCCCAAGCUGAAGGAGUAUCUGUGCAAGCUCCCACGGUGCUUGGGCGGUCCUACUAUACCUCCCGAGGCUGA